ACCCUGAACGUAACAUCCUCGGGGGGGUGAAACCACUAAGUCACUGCUGACUGUGACCAGUUUGGCGAGGCAUGGGAGGAGGACGUGAACGCUGAGGCAGACCAACGGAGGACAGCGGCAGAAGCAGCGGCGGCGGCGGCGGCUCCCCAAACUUCCGAGCGGAGCUGUCAGCUCGCUGUCAUCAGCCAGAGCGCGCGGGGCGACGCCGCGCGGACCUGGAGGAAGCCCACGCUCGAGGAUGGAGAUAGACAAGCGGACGAAUGGGUUCGACUACCCCGAGAGAAACAACGCCAAGGCGGUGAACGGUUUUUGCAGUGACCACCCCCUUGAGUCUGAACACAACAGCAGCAUGGAUGAUGCAGCUGACCAACGGACUUGCCUUAUCUGUGGAGACCGAGCCACAGGCCUGCACUAUGGCAUCAUCUCCUGCGAAGGCUGCAAAGGCUUUUUCAAGCGCAGCAUCUGCAACAAGCGUGUGUACCGCUGCAACCGCGACAAGAACUGCGAGAUGUCCCGCAAGCAGCGCAAUCGCUGCCAGUACUGCCGCCUACUCAAAUGUCUGCAGAUGGGGAUGAACAGGAAAGCAAUCAGAGAAGAUGGCAUGCCGGGAGGAAGGAACAAAAGCAUUGGGCCUGUGCAGAUAACGGAGGAGGAGAUAGAGCGGAUCAUGUCAGGACAGGAGUUCAAGGAGGACGUCCCAGAGCACACUUGGGGGAACAACGGUGACAGUGACCACAGUUCUCCCAGCAAUGGAGCCUCAGAAGGAAACCAACCAUCACCUGCCUCCACUCUUUCAUCCAAUCGCUCUGCAGAGAUGAACGGCUACACAGCAGCUCUGAGGGACCAGUACAUCAACACCUCAAUGUCCACACACUAUCACCUCCUGCCUCACCUGUUCAGCUAUGCUGCCCAGUCUGGCCUGCUGACCCCACAGCCCCGCAGCCUUUACCCACAGUCCCACCCUCUGGUGCUGCAGCUGGUUGCUGCAGAGGACUUGGCCCCCCUCACCACCCCGAUGCUUAUAGAGGAUGGGUACAAGGUGACACAGGUGGAGCUGUUCGCCCUGCUGUGUCGUUUGGCAGAUGAGCUGCUCUUUCGCCAGAUCUCUUGGAUCAAGAAGCUUCCAUUCUUCUGCGAGCUCUCCAUUGAGGACUACACCUGCCUGCUCAGCUCCACCUGGCAGGAGCUCAUCCUGCUCUCCUGCCUCACCAUCUACAGCGCCCAGAUCUUUGGAGACCUGGCUGACGUCACAGCCAAGUACACACCAUCUGAUGACGAACUCCAAGGCUUCAGUGAGGACGGCAUGGAAGUGAUGGAGAGGCUGAUUUAUCUCUAUCGCAAGUUUAAUCAGCUGAAGAUCAGCAAUGAGGAGUACGCCUGCAUGAAAGCCAUCAACUUCCUGAACCAAGAUAUAAGAGGACUGUCCAACGUCUCUCAGCUCGAGCAGCUGAACAAGCGCUACUGGUACGUGUGUCAGGACUACAUCGAGUACAAAUACCCACACCAGCCCAAACGCUUUCCAGAGAUAAUGAUGUGUCUGCCGGAGAUCCGCUACAUCGCAGGAAAGCUGGUGAAUGUCCCACUUGAACAGCUUCCGCUUCUGUUCAAAGCAGUCUUGCACUCCUGCAAAUCCAGCCUGACCAGCUACAGGACCGGCCCACCGCCCUGCCUGACCGCCUCCUCUGGAAACUAAACCAUCUCCAAACACCAGGUUGAGGCAACGGUCUCCCCUCCUGCGAAUGUGACAAGCAGCUAGUUUCUUCUUUUAUUUCUGUAAUAUUUUUCUUUAUAUAUUUAUUACACGACAGAGCUGAAUGUAUGCUGAUUUACACUGUGCACAUGCUUCUGUACAAAACAAAUGCUCGUAGAUGCAUUGGUCUUUGGAGUUUACAAGUGUAUAUCCAGUUUGCUCGAUGUGUCAGUGUUGCCAUUGCUAGACUAGACUUUAAAAGAGUUUAUUUUAUUCAGACGGGGCAGCGAGACACAUUUAUUUGUGACUACCUCAGGAAGAUGUUAUUGCUAUUUUCAGGUACCUUUUCUUGCUUUUAAAUGAAGAGUUGCCCAGUCUAAAACCAAACCUGUGGAUGCUUUGACAUCCGCACAUUAAGAGACUGAAUGUUUAAAUGAGCUGCAUAAAUCAGAGUUUGAAAAACAGUGUUUUGAUACACUCGAGAUGCAAAUUUAUUAGCAAAGUUUAGCUUCUUUAUAUGCAUGGACUCAAAUAUAUUCUGCUUAAGGGGGACGGUCCUGUCAAGUUAACAUUCCAAGAGUUAAGGUGACAGCUGUGGGAUCAUAGUAAAAGGAGCAUACGGGUAUUUUUAACAAUCAUAGACUAGGGGUUUAAGGCUUUGAUUGCAGGGGAAAGGGAAAAUAGCUAGGUUUGCUGAUUUUGAUUGAUUUUUUUUUUUCUUGACCAAAGUAUUAUGCAAUGCUUUUUUCAAACACCCACUGAUGGGUAGGGAGCUGACAGCUCAACAAAAAAUAUUUCUUAUCAAUGAAGGAUCAGGAUAAGAAACUAAUCAAUAUUUUUCAGAGGGGAGACCCUUAAUUGGACACCUGUGUCAUUCAAAUUCAUUUAAAAUGCUGCUAAUCAUAUGCAUAUAUUUGUGCACAUAUGCAUCUACCAGAGUUGGGGCUUCUUAUCAUAGAGCUCUGUUUUGUUUUUUUGUUUUGUUUUUUAAACUCUGCUGCCUUCAGCGUCACAGAACGUGGUGUCUUCUUGGUUAGCUGUCAACACACUAUCUACACUGACUAUACUGCAGUUAAAUUGGCAUCUGUGAAAACAGGAAUGAGCUUCAUUUUAGUUUUUAAAGGCUCGAACGAAUGCCCAAACUGGGAGUAAACGUGUCGUCCAACAGACAUCACUGUUGCCAACAGCCCGGGUUUGAAAAUCCUCAGCCACGGCUCUCUGCCUGCCCUGCAGCACCGGCUUUCCUCGACAUGAAUUCAUGGUGCCUUGCAGCUGUAAAUGCUUGCAUAGAGAGUCACAGUGAGGACGUUCACCCGACAGCUCAGUUCACUGAGUAAGAUCUGCAGCGUCGUCCAUCUUCGAGGGACUUUUAUUUCCAAUAAAAGCAGAACAAUUAGCUGCCAUCAGUGCAUUUGACUUUAUGUCUACUGUGUCUUGAAAGACAGAUUAAUGGUCAAUCAAAGUACAAACUUCGAAUAAUGCUAUUUUCAGCAUCAAUUUGCGUUUUUUAAACAUAGUUUUAAAGGACCAGGAUUGCUUGCAUUCAAAUCUCGGAUCUUUUUCCACUCAGACUACUGUCUGUGUGCUGCAUCUCAAACUGAGAGCUUUGAAGUGGUUCACGGUUUGUGUCUCUUCUGCUGUCUCACAUGUUCACCACACCUCGAUCAGCAGAAUGUAAGCAGAACUCCAGAGGUGGUUUAAAAUAGACCUGUCUGCUCUGUGAAAAUAGAAAAUAGCAGGCCAACACAAUCCCAGAUGGACACAAACCAAACUGUCCAGUGCACGUCGGGUGGAAUCGCGAUGCAGGUGAACAGAUCUUUGUUACUGUAGGCACAUAGUUUACCUCUGGAUCAUCAUAUUAGAGCUGCAUUUCGAGCUCCAAGCUCACGAUUUCACAGAUGAUCACUUUAACCUGGUUUGGAGUGUAUUUAGUUUGAUGCGACAGGCGCCCAGGUCUCAGUGAAUCCAGGAUCGGUGGAUUCAGGAGACUCACUUCAGGCUUGAAUGCCCUCUGUGACAGAUAUGCACAUGUUUUGAAUAAUAAUCACUAUAGAAAAUGGUCUCGUUAUGUGUGAGAUGAUCAUUUCAGAGGAGUCCUCAUGGAUUCCUCAAGGUUUCUAGCUGUUUCAUGACUUUCAAACAAUUAGAAUUGCAGAUGAAAUGCAGUCCUGACUGUUUUUUGUAUGCAACGGUGAGGUCUGAAGACCUGGACUGCCUGAUGGCGUCCGCUGUCGCCACACCGGUGUGUUUUUCUCCCUCAGGUCCCUGCCGACCUGAAUCAAAACAGGGUAAAGUGAGUGUUAUGUAUUGCAUUCAGGAGUUCCUCAGUGACCAUGAUGAUGUACUUUUAGUGUUAGUAGAUGUAGUUUCCAGGACAUAGUAGGUCCUCCUGUAGAAUUACUUUUUUUUUUGUUUCUCCAUCUUAUUUCACUCAGUCGCCUCCCUUCAAAGCCUCCAUUUAGAGAGUGUGGAUAUCAUCUGAACGUGAGACACGCAGGGCGAAUAUUGCUAGGAGUUUCAUUCUUCUUUUCUGAUGGCAUUGGUGAUGGAUGGCUGAGAGCCAGAGACCUCUGGAGAGUGAAGCAGCUUUUUUGUUGAUGGUCUCCAUCCACUUCUUUGUGUGCAGCUGCAACAACAGCAUCAGGCAGCAGUCCUUUUUAGAAGUUUCAGACAAAUCAGUCUUUUGAUUUUAUGCAUAUUAUCUACUCUUGUAGUUUUGAUGAUAUUUGUUUUUUUUAAAUUGUCUUUUAUGUCGUCUUUGUCGCGUUUUCUGCAGGGAUGAUGGGUGAAAAUAACCUGUCAUUUUCAAAACCAAAUGUUUUAACAGUUGAACCUCUUAAACAGUGUAAGACAGACCGUGCAUGCAGACAAAUCUAAAAACAAGACUUAUUUCGGUUAUUCUUACAUUUUGGUGACAUUUGUUUUGGCCCAUGAGUGUCAGGCUUCAGAAGAGCAGCUUAAAUCCCAGUCAUGCUGCACUACAUGGAUUGCUCUGUUGUCUGCCUCCAGCCUAAACCGACUCCCAUCAUUUUUAAAAAUCGUGACUACAGGUUUCCGUAGCAACACAUUUUUACAUUAUCUCCAAACGUGACUUUUGUUGGCCAAAGUCCCUCGGCAUAUCAGGUCCUUUUCGAGCAAGGUCUCCAGCUUUAGUCCAUAGAGCCAGUCCAAGUGGGCGGAGCCAGACUCAGCUCCUCCUCCUCCUCCUCUCUUUAGAAUUUUGUAACACAGUUUUGAUCUGCUCUGCAGAUCUAGUUAAAGACGGAGGUUCUGGAAUAUUCUUACACCUCAGUAAAGACAGACUGGAAGCUCAACAGGGUCACCUCACUGCCUAACUGGAUUUUCUGUAUUUGUAGUUGCAGUGUGCAGGGAUAGAUGCUUCUAAUCCAAAACUACCUCUUCAUUUCUCCUUGACAUGUUUUUGUUGUUUUCACUCCAGGAUUCAGAUUUGUACCAAAUACACAAAGCUGUCUUAUUUCUCUUUUUGAAUGUAUAAAUACUUACUUUUACCUCUGAUAAUGAUGCUGUUUGUUGGCAGUGUUUGUUUCCCACCUUUAAAACUCCGACUCUCUCCUUCAGGGGUUUUUUCUUUUUCACAUUUGAAUGCUUUAUUUGAUGUUGAUUUAAUGUGAUCUCAUAUUUCAUGCCUGCCUUCGCAUCGUGAAGCCAAUUCCAAAGAUGAAAUCCUGUCAACGACAGUGUCGGCGUGCUGAUGGAGCGUUCACGUGACGUUCUAUCGAUCGCUGCGGCGCAGCAGUGCUUUGGAUUUCUACGAUUACCUUAUCAGAACUUGCCUUGUUAUCUUCUGAAUGUGUACAUUCUAUUCUCCACAUUGUGAUAUGUGUGCGCGUGCACGUGCUUUAAUCCCUAUUCUUCUCCUUGAUUGCUGUUGUGAGGCGGUUCAAGGUAACCCGCAGUGUCGUCACCUCUGACGGUUGGUGGCGUUGCAACAGAUGAGCGGAGCCGUGGUCAGACUGCUUUCCUCGCUGUCCUUGAGUGGCAGCGGGAGACCACAGCUGAUGCAGAUGGGGGGCGGGGUCAUGACUGUUACAACACCCAGCUGCUCCCAAAGUGCUUCAUCCAGGACUUCACUGGCAUUUCUUUUUUAACGGUUCACUUUCUGGUCUCAGAAAUCAUAUUUCACUAGUUGUCAUAAACGAUUUAGAGAUUCUUAUUUCAUUUUCAGACCCGCCUCUGGGUCAAAUCACAGCUCUGUUGUACUGGAGCACAUAAUGAGAGGAGUUCAGUGGGCGUAACUCAGGGAAAAAUCAAACUUACUCCUGCCAACAAACCACUGAAAUGUCUGCUUUUCUCUUUUCAGGAAUCACUUUUCCACUCUUGUUACUGUAACUACCUGUGAAAAAUGUGAUCCAUGUUUAAAGCAUGUUUAGAAUGUGUUAGGACUUGAAACCAAAUAAAUGUGAAUGUUAUGCAAGUGCAA